AUGAGAGAAGACAACACUACAUCCUUCAGGAAGAUAUUGGUGCUAAACCAGCUGGAAGAGAAGAAGAAAGAAAGGAGAGAAAUAAAAAGAGAAUUAGAUACACUACAAACACAGAGACAAACAGCUUCCCAAGGAACCCCCCGUCCAGACAUUGAUGCCGCUCUCCAGUGCCGGCAGCAGAAGGAUUACCGCAAGAGAGAAAUGGCAUACUUAAGAAACUUAGAAUUGAAAGAAACUGCAAAAAACCUGAAAGCAAACCAAGAAAUAACAAUAAGAAGGGCAGACAAAGCUGCUGCCCUAGUGCUCAUCAAGACCUCUGAAUACUACGAGAAACUGGACCAAAUACUGGCUGAUCAAUCCAAAUUCAGAAAAAUCAACACGAACCCCAUCGAAGACAUCCGACAAGGCAUUAAUAGGACGGUCGAAAGAAUCGAUGCCGCUAGGAAUGCUCCCAUGCUUCCCCUUGCCCAGGGUGACUUUAAUCCAGGGUAUAUUUACGGCACCGUUAAAAUCCACAAGCCUGGUAAUCCUCUCUGCCCUAUUAUAAGCCAAAUCCCAACCCCAACUUACAAAAUCGCGAAGAGACUCAAUGAACUCCUCAUGCCAUAUAUCCCUGACAGGUAUUGUUUACAGUCGUCUACCAACUUUUUACGUGAUCUCCGAGACUCUCCGUCUACAGGUAUCAUCGCCUCUCUUGACGUCGAGGGCCUCUUCACGAACGUUCCUGUCGACGAGACGAUUGAACACAUCCUUGAUAGAGUAUAUAGAUGUGAAGACACACAGGCUUUGAACAUUCCCGUGGAAGCCCUAAACCUUGGACAGAUUGACGGUGUGGCAAUGGGAUACCCAUUAGGGGUUCUAUUUGCCAACUUCUACAUGAGUGUCGUCGAAGAAAGGGUUUUCAAUAAGAUCCCCUGCCCUCCCCAAUACUACCGCUACAUAGACGACACCUUCAUAAGAGUUGACUUAGAAGAGGACCUGGAAACUUUAAGAAAGAUUUUCAAAGAAUGCUCUGUCCUCCAUUUCACGUGUGAACGCAGCGUUGUCGGUGCCCUACCCUUCCUGGACCUCAUCGCCAAAACAAUGAGUGCCAAACUGUCUAUCGCCAAAAUGGCGGCGCCAAAUCGUCAGCGCCAAAGAGUCGGCGCCAAAUCGUCCUGUUCCGAUAAAAUUAGCCUCAUAAUUUAUUACAAAAACAUGAAAACCAGCCAGCUGCUUCUUAAAAACAACCCGGCGCCCCCAGAAACGUCUUUGAAGAGAAAGAGUGUCAUCUACGAAUUCACAUGCUCGGGGGAUGGAUGA